AUGUCCUUGUCCCCACCGCCAGAAGGUCCAGCGGCCAUCGAUCGCCAAAAGACUGUGCCAUUCCUGCUGAAUUUCUGCUAUCGGUCUUCAGCUUUCCACAACCUCACAGACUUCCCUGUACCUACGCCUUCGAAUCCCAAGCCCCCUCUUCCAGCCCAUGUUCAAAUCUACACCUGGAUGGACUGCACCCUGCGCGAACUUGCCCAGCUACUCACUACCGCUCUCCCAAGCAUAGUCCCCGAUCCCGCCAUCGGCACCAGACUGGCCUUUCGCCUGGUCUACCCCGACACGAACCCUUCGAGAGGCGCGGGCGGAAGGUUGGAUGGCGAGGGAAGAGGCCGAUACAUUUCGAGAGAGAUCGGCAGCAUCGUCAUCGAGUCCGGCGGCUACGAGAACGGUGAUGCUCACUCUCGGGAGGGUGGCUUCGAGCUGGGUGGGGAGGACUCGAGAAAGACGUUGGAGGAGUCGCGCUUCGUCAUUGGCGACUUUGUCGACGUCGCCGUCUUUCCUCCGCUGAGCGAUGGUAGUGUGGUCAGCCGUGGCAAUGCACUUGGUGCGUUCAGAGGAGGCAGAGAGAACGGCUACUCUGCCAGGGGAGGUCGAGGUGGCUUUGGUGGCGGCAGAGGCAGAGGCGACUACGGUCCGCCGAUGCCUGUUGGUGAAUGGCGCAGGGGCGAGAGACUUCCUGAUCCUGGCUAUCGGGGUGGAAGGGGCAGACCGAGGUUUUGA